UUCAGAACACAACAACAACACAUAAUUGCAGUGUUAUACUCCAUUAUUGACCCACAUGUUUACAGCAGAAGAAUGAAGCAUUUACAGAUGCUGUACACCUGACACAUUCAACAGUGAAAUAAUCACCAGCAGCUUUCUCUCCAGUACACAAAUCUUAUAAAUCUUCUGCUCGUCUAUGAUGGCCAGCUGUUCCUCUGCUUUAUCUCUCGGUGUAUGAAUUGCUGAUCUACAUUUGUCGGGCUGGAGUACCUUUAAUACCGACGCCGCGCUCGGACUUUUAUUAUGAACGAGCGACGCGCUGACGUCAUGUUUGCGGAAGUUCCGCGUGCGCUAGUCAAUGACAGAUCGCCGUCCGCGCUCGUCUCCUGGGCUUUUCACAGUUGUUCGGUGACGGUGCGGAUUAUCCCGCGUGAGCUGCUCGGUUCUCCUUGUCUGUGUAGAUGCUCGAGGACUGAUGUGUUUAUAAUGGGUGAGUCUGUGAAGCGGGCGGGCUGGACGCGCACUCUGGCGUUCACCGUGUGUUCUGCAGCUAUCGGAGGCACGUUUCAGUACGGCUACAACAUCUCCAUCAUCAACGCGCCCACUGCGCAUGUGCAGAGCUUCAUCAACGCCAGCUGCGUGCGGCGCGGGGCGGCGCUGGACCCGGCGCGGGUGACGCUGGUGUGGACGCUGGCGGUGUCGGUGUUCCCGCUCGGGGGGCUGCUGGGCUCUCUGCUGGCGGGGCCGAUGGCGGUGCGGUGCGGCCGGAGAGGAGCGCUGCUGCUUAAUAACAUGUUCCUGCUGCUCGGUGCGCUGCUGGCCCUGAGCUGCCGCGCCGCCGGCUCCUUCGAGAUGCUGAUCACUGCCCGUCUGCUGGUGGGCAUCAACGCGGGCGUCAGCAUGAACGUGCAGCCCAUGUACUUUGGCGAGAGCGCACCCAAGCAUCUGCGCGGCGCCGUGGCCUUCUCCUCCGCUGUGUUCACGGCGCUGGGCAUCCUGAUGGGGCAGCUGGCGGGCCUGACGGCGGUGCUGGGCAGCGAGGAGCGCUGGCAUUACCUGCUGUCCAGUAAUGCGCUGCCCGGCCUGCUGCAGCUGCUGCUCCUGCCCUGCUGCCCCGAGAGCCCGCGCUUCCUGCUGAUCGACCGCGGCGACAGCGACGCCUGCGCCCGCGCCCUCGCCCGCCUGCGCAGCGGCAGCACCGCCGCAGAGAUGGAGGAGCUGCUGCAGGAGCAGGCGCAGGCGGGUGACGCGCAGGCAAAAACUAUCUGGCAGCUGUUCGCGGACCGCAGCCUCCGCCGCCAGCUCUGCAUCGUGAUGACGGCCAGCAGCGUCAUGAUGCUCUGCGGCAACGACUCCAUCUACUUCUACGCCUCCUACAUCUUCCAGCAGGCGGGCAUCCCCUCCGCCAGCAUCCAGUACGUGACGGUGGGCACGGGCGCCUGCGAGUUCCUCUCUGCUGUCACCUGUAAUCUGCUGAUCGAGCGGGUGGGCCGGCGCCCCCUGCUGGCCGGAGGGUACCUGCUGAUGUCCUGCUGGGCCGUGGUGUUCACGGUGGCGCUGUCUCUGCAGGACGCGGUGCCCGGGAUGCCCUACCUCAGCAUGACCUGUGUGUUCGCCUACAUCCUGAGCUUCGGCAUGGGCCCCGCGGGGGUCACCGGGAUCCUGCCCGCAGAGCUCUUCCAGCAGACGGAGCGUCCCGCCGCCUACAUGAUCGCCGGCUCCAUGAUGUGGCUCUGCCUGUUCCUGGUGGGCAUGGCCUUCCCCUUUAUAGUGGCGGGUCUGGGCCAGUUCUGCUUCCUGCCCUUCUGCGGCGUCUGCGUGGCCGGCUGCGUGUUCAUCAGCUGCAGCUUACCGGAGACCAAAGGGCGGACGCUGGCGGAGAUCACGGCGGAGUUCCAGAAGCGCAGCGGGGCUGCGAAUGGACAACCACGAUAUGCAGAGCAGCCGCAGACCGACCCGACAGAACAUAUACAGAUGUGACCGACCCGACCAACACAUCUAGAUCUGACCGACAGCUUCACUCUCUGAAGGGUUGCAUUAUUCUGUGUGUGUGUGUGUGUGUGUGUGUGUGUGUGUGUGUGUGUGUGUGUGUGUGUGUGUGUGUGUCUGUGUGUGUGUGUGUGUGUGUGUGUGUGUGUGUGUGUGUGUGUGUGUGUGUGUGUGUGUUUAUUGUUCUCGGUCAGUAUUUUAACUCUGUUUAUUCAGUUAUGCUUAUAGAACAGUUUCAUCUUGUCCAGGUGAAAUUGCAGUAAAAUUAUUUUAAUUUAAUUUCCAUAUUAAAUAAACACACACACACACACACACACACACCUAUAUAUAUAUAUAUA